GAGAAAUUUGUCGGAACGUCAAAGAAUAGUAAACCAAAAGGGUUUAGAAUUCUUCUGGUGGAGGAGAGAAAGAAAUCAGCUGAGAUUCUGCGACGGAGGAGGUUUUGUCUUUCUUCUCCACGUACGAACCCUAAAUCCUCAUUUACUCCAUCUUCAAGCUCUGCUUUCGUCGAAUCUUUCAAAAAGUUUAUAGCUUAUACCUUUGGGCGGCGCCAAAAUCAUGGUCUUCCAUAGGCUAUCAAGAUUAGGUUCUCGCAUUGUUAGAGAGCUCCCAAGAGAGAGGCCAGUGUUUGGAAUGAGGAUUCUACAUAGGUCUUAUGGCCAAUAUCUUCAAUCUUCGCCAAUGCUACAAAGGCAAACUAGGAGUUUAAAGGAAGCAUUAUUCUCGAAUAAUCGUAAGUUUUGUACAUCUUUCAGCACUACCUCUGAGAAAGGUGGGGAAGAAACAGAAAAGAUAAACGUUAUCUUUGUUGAUAAAGAUGGAGAGGAAAUUCAUAUUAAGGUUCCAAUAGGAAUGAACAUCCUUGAAGCUGCUCAUGAAAAUGAUAUAGAACUCGAAGGGGCGUGUGAAGGAUCUCUAGCGUGUUCAACGUGCCAUGUGAUUGUUAUGGACACUGAAUACUACAACAAACUCGAAGAACCAACAGAUGAAGAGAAUGAUAUGCUAGAUCUUGCUUUCGGGUUAACAGCAACGUCACGAUUGGGAUGUCAAGUGAUCGCAAAACCAGAGCUAGAUGGAGUACGCUUAGCCAUUCCUUCAGCUACUAGAAAUUUUGCGGUUGAUGGGUUUGUUCCAAAACCUCACUAGCCACUUAAAAGUCUCAGAGCAGAGGAUUUUUCGAGUUUACACUUGUUACUAUUCGACAAAACUAGUGACAUAAAAUUACCCUUAGGGAGAGUUAUACAAAUGUAAUUCAGACGGUGAGAUUUCAACUCAGCUUGUUUUUGCAGCAUUGUUUUAUUGUGUGUCUUGAGUUUAA